UCAGGUAUGGAGAGAGGUACACAUAUUCGCCAUCUUCCUCCCUAUAGAUUUGAAAACUAAUAGCUGUCAUGGUGUUACUAGCAGUCCAGAUCUAUAUCCACAAUGGACUGGAAAUCCUAGGGAAAUGGUGGAAAUGCGGAUUGCAGUUUAUGUCACAUGAAAUUGGCGUCUUCUCCAUAUUACCUGUGAAACCACGCCUUGUUCACGUUCACGCCUUGUUUUCAAUGCGCCAUAUUUUGGGUCAUGUCAUAACAUUUUUUAUCUAUUACAGGUGGCCGAAAAACGAAAAUAAUCGUGAGAUUAAACAAUCCAGUUGUUUAUGUCUUUGCUUUCUACAGAAUUUUGUAAUGCGAGAGAAUCAUUUACAUGUGAUUUACAUAAUAUAUUGAUUUGAAAACACAAUCUUUGAACUUUGCUCUGAAGCCCCCCACUAAUAUGUUAUUAUUUAUUUUUAUCCUAAUCAGCAUAUCAGGCUAUAGGUUACACACGGCAAAUUAUCCGUGUGAUCGCCACAAAAGAAAAAGUAGUGCCGUAAAAGAAAGACUGAAAAAUCUGUGAUACAUUUAAGACAUUUCAGCAAAAAUGGUUCAUACAAACUUUAUAAAGACAACAACGUCCGUAACCAGGAGAUUGUACAGCACCAAGGGCAGUAGUUCUGUCGUGAUAGUCUCAGCUGUACGAACACCUAUGGGCUCAUUCCUGGGCAGUUUGGCUUCCCUUCCUGCAGGGAAACUGGGGGCCGUCGCUGUGGGGGCCGCAGUGGAAAGGGCAGGCUUGCGCAAGGACCAGGUUCAGGAGGUGUUCAUGGGCAACGUGUGUCAGGGGGGAGUGGGGCAAGCACCUGCAAGGCAGGCCACAUUGUUCGCGGGGCUACCCACUUCGACCAUCUGUACUACUGUUAACAAGGUAUGCGCAUCAGGCAUGAAAUCGAUCAUGCUAGCCUCCCAGUCCAUCCAACUGGGACACCAGGAUAUAGUCUUGGCAGGAGGAAUGGAGUCCAUGUCCAACGUGCCCUACUACCUCAAGAGGGGGCAGACUCCUUACGGAGGAGUGACCUUGGCCGACGGAGUGGUCUUUGAUGGGCUGACUGAUGUCUAUAAUAAGUUCCACAUGGGCUGCUGUGCUGAGAAUACCGCUAAGAAACUAGGUAUCACCCGUGAGCAACAAGACGAAUUUGCUAUCAACAGCUACAAGAGGAGCGAGCAAGCUUACAAGCAAAAUGCGUUUGCUGAUGAACUGGUCUCUGUCAAUGUUCCACAGAAAAAAGGGCAACCAGAUAAGGUGUUCAGUGAAGAUGAAGAAUAUAAACGUGUGAACUUCGACAAGUUCAAGCAACUGGCAACGGUCUUCCAGAGAGAAAAUGGUACGGUAACAGCUGGAAAUGCCUCGACGUUGAACGAUGGCGCAGCCGCCGCGGUGCUUACUUCGGAAGAGACUGCUUCCAAGCUGGGACUUAAGCCUCUGGCUAGGGUAGUGGGGUACCACGACGGUGCCUGCGAACCUGUAGAUUUUCCAAUAGCUCCCGCGGUGGCUAUUCCCAAGCUUCUAGAGAAAACUGGAGUGAAGAAAGAUGACGUUGCUUUAUGGGAGAUCAAUGAGGCUUUCAGCGUCGUCGUAUUGGCCAAUCAGAAGCUUUUGGAUGUCGAUCCUUCCAAAGUUAACGUUCAUGGUGGUGCUGUAAGCUUAGGACACCCUAUCGGUAUGUCAGGAGCACGUAUCGUCAUCCAUUUAGUACAUGCCCUUAAACCAGGCCAAAAAGGCGUUGCCUCAAUUUGCAAUGGCGGUGGCGGAGCUUCCUCUGUCAUGAUAGAGAAAUUGUGAAGAAAUUAUGAAACACGAAGCUUUUUCUUUCUAGCUUCAAUUUAUGAAUGGAUCUUACAGAUUUUUGAGUGAAAAAAAAUUGUCUCGUAUAUGUAUAAUAAGCUAGCAUUUAAUUUGUAUUUGAAUUAUGUUUUGCAUUUUACUGUAUAAUCUAUUAUAUGUUAAAGAUAGUCCGUUUACAUCUUACAAUUUUUUACUAAGUAUAUAAAACCAGUAUGCAAUAUAUAACGAUAUAAAGGUUAUAAGUGAAAUAUAUUUUUGUAUUGAUUCAAAGAUAUAAAUUAAUAAAAUUUCGAAUUGAUA